AUGAAGGGUUUCAGACAGAGAGUGCAUGAGCAGUUGUCGCGGGCGAAAGACGCCAACAAGUCAUCAAAAAAGAAAGAUUCCUCGCAGAACCAGUCGUCGCUUGGCAUUUCCCAAACACAGCAGUCCUCAUCCCCCAACCAAGGUACCCCCACUUCGUCCACAACUUCUUUGAACGACUCGCGAAACAAGUCUCCGGACAAUGUCCCCCCAGCCGGAGCCCCUGCUGCAGGUGCGCCUCACCCUGGCACUCCAGUCCAACACAUGGGUCAGGCUGGCGCCGCAGGUCAGCCCGCAAGCAACGGACCAGGAACCCCUACUAGACAAGGGCAGCCUGUAGCUCCUAGCGUCAUCAUAAGUCCAAGUGCACCGCAUGUCCCUCCCCCUGGAGCCGCUGAAACGAUGCCCGGAGACCUCGCACCCCCGAGAAAGUCCCACGUCUUUGAUCGGCUGCAGACCACACCCAAGGACAUUUCAGAAGGAAUUCGAACCCCCAAGCGCCAGCAUUCCUCUCGCUUUGAUAUCUCCGAUCAGCGUCAAAGGGAAUUGGAGAAGCUGCCAGGCUUCCACGAAGUGCCCCCCAACCGCCGGCAAGACCUGUUCAUGCAAAAGAUCGACCAGUGCAAUAUUAUCUUCGACUUCAACGACCCUACGGCUGAUAUGAAGUCCAAGGAGAUCAAGAGGCUGGCGCUUCAUGAACUCUUAGAUUAUGUUGCUAACAACCGGUCGGUCAUCACGGAACCUAUGUAUCCUCGCGUGGUUGAGAUGUUUGCCAAGAAUUUGUUCCGCCCUAUCCCUCCGCCUAUGACACCUCAGGGUGAAGCAUUUGACCCAGAGGAGGAUGAGCCUGUGUUGGAAGUUGCUUGGCCCCAUAUUCAGGUUGUAUAUGAGUUCUUCUUGAGGUUCAUUGAGAGCCAGGAUUUCAACACCAACAUUGCAAAGGGAUACAUCGACCAUCAGUUUGUGCUUUCGUUGCUUGAUCUCUUUGAUUCAGAAGACCCACGGGAACGCGAUUUCCUGAAAACGACCUUGCAUCGCAUCUAUGGCAAAUUUUUGAACUUGCGUUCUUACAUCCGUCGGUCUAUCAACAACGUCUUCUUCCAGUUCAUGUACGAGACUGAAAGGCAUAACGGUAUCGCUGAAUUGCUGGAGAUUUUGGGUUCGAUCAUCAACGGGUUCGCUUUGCCGCUGAAGGAAGAGCACAAGCUGUUCCUGACUCGCGUCCUCCUCCCAAUGCACAAGGUGAAGAGCCUCAGCAUGUACCACCCACAGCUGGCCUAUUGUAUUGUGCAAUUCCUGGAGAAAGACUCCACAUUGACUGAAGAUGUUGUUCUUGGCUUGCUCCGCUUCUGGCCCAAGACGAACAGCACCAAGGAGGUUAUGUACCUGAAUGAAGUUGAAGAUAUCUUUGAGGUGAUGGACCCAGGUGAAUUUGCCAAGGUCCAGGAACCUCUGUUCCACCAAUUGGCCAAGUCUGUUGCCAGUCCUCAUUUCCAGGUCGCCGAACGUGCUUUGUACUUCUGGAACAACGAGUACUUCUGCAACCUCGUGAGUGACAAUGUGGAGACCAUUCUCCCUAUCAUGUUCGCCCCCCUUUACGAGAAUUCAAAGGGACAUUGGAACCGAACAAUUCACAGCAUGGUGUACAAUGCCAUGAAGAUGUUCAUGGAGAUUAACCCACAGCUCUUUGAUGAAUGCUCCCACGAAUAUACCGAGCAUCAGAACAGCGCAGAUCAACGAGAGAAGACACGCACAGAUCGGUGGGACAUGAUCGAGCAACAAGCUAAAGACCGGAAGAAUGGCAUUCCUCCCCCCCACCCCCUGCUCUCGACUCGGGAGGGCACCCCUAAUUCGACACGACGCCGAGGCUCCAUUCGCAGCAGUGGCCGGAGACGACGGAGCGGUAGCGGCAGCGAGAUUCGCCCGCGACGACGAUCGGUUGGCAGCGGUACCAGUGCCACCAAUGUACAGAUCUUGCAUCGAAGCAACUCUACCAAAUAA